GAUUCAUUUUUCUGCGGUGGCAGUUGGAGCGGAGUCAAAGCAGGGACCAUGUCAAACACGACAGAAGACAGAUGUAAAGGAAGUGCUGCUAAACACUACAAAGCAGCAGAAGCACCAGACAGGGCGGCGAGCACGGAGAAUGUAACCGAGACUGAUGCCUUCAUCAGAAGCUCUUUAGCUCUGGACCCUGCAGAGGAGUACAAGAUGGACAACGGAAAACGAGGCCUCGCGCUCGUCUUUAACCAGGAGCGCUUCUUCUGGCGCCUUGGGUUAGGUGACAGGCACGGAACCAAUGCCGACCGCUACAACUUGGAGAAAAGACUGAAGGACCUGAACUUUGAAGUGAGGGCUUAUGAUAACUUCAAACAGGUGGAAGUUUUAGAUAAAAUCAGUGAAGCCGCCGAGGAAAACCAUUCAGACGCCGACUGCUUUCUGCUGGUCUUCCUGAGCCACGGAGAGAACGAUCACGUGUACACCCACGACGGCAAGAUCAGCAUUCAGCACAUCACAUCCCUGUUCAAAGGAGACAAGUGCAAGAGCCUCGUAGGAAAGCCAAAGAUCUUUAUACUACAGGCGUGCCGUGGAGAUAAGCACGAUGAUCCAGUGACUGCCUGUGAUGCCGUGGACAACGAGGGGAUGACAAAUGAAGUGGUGGUGGACGCCAGCGCUGUGCACACCCUCCCUGCUGGGGCCGAUUUCAUCAUGUGCUACUCUGUGGCUGAAGGCUACUACUCCCACCGGGAAACCAUCAACGGCUCCUGGUAUGUCCAGGAUCUGUGUGAGCUGCUUCGAAAGUACGGGGACUCCCUUGAGUUCACUGAAUUGCUGACGCUGGUCAACAGGAAGGUGUCGAUGAGGAGUGUUGGGAACAGUAAUGACCGCACUGCCAUUGGGAAGAAGCAAGUGCCUUGCUUUGCUUCCAUGCUCACCAAGAAACUUUACUUCCGGCAAAAAAAGUAACAGUUUCAGACCUCAAUCAAAACAGUGUCUCCUGGGAGAUUUGACAGAAUCUUACUGUUUUUUAAAAAUCUAUUUUUGAUGUGAACACUAUUAUUCACACAUGCGUUGAACAAUCAGCUAAUUGGUAGUAUUUACAGUGCAAUCAGUAGUUAUAAAAUAACAGGAACAACUUCUAUUCACUCCACUUCUGAAACAUCACGUCAUUCCAAAUAGUGUUUUCUUUUAUCAUGUUAAGUUUCUUCUGAAGAAACCAGACUUCUUGGGUGGGUCAAACCUUGACCUGGUUUAUAAAAGGUGUUGGAGGUUCUUUUUGCAUUUUCAAGAUUCUCUUUAGCUUAACUUUUUUUUUUUUUUUUUCAAUCGUGACAGAAAAGUGUAGAGGAUAGUUUUUCAGACUGUGUGGUCUUGUUGUAUUGGAUUGCAUUAUGUUUUACGGUGUUCCUGUUAUUUUGUCCAACCCAUGUAGAUCAGUACACUUUUUUUUGCACUCUCAAGAAAUUGCUUUUCAACUGCGAACCACAAUCUGUGUUCUUUUCCUUAGCCUUUUGUCACAUUUCCGCUUGCUUUAAUCUAGUUUAAACUACUCCGGUACCACACCAACGUUGCCUUAUCCCACAGCUGCCUUUUAGUUUUUCCUAAAUAGCAGAGUAGACGGUAGAAGCUGACAUUCCCGGCAGCCUUGGACGGGGAUUCUUUCCUCAGACUCUGAGGAAGCUGGAAAUGUCAGAUGAUUGUUUGUCUCGACUGUAAAAUCAGCUGCAGGAAUGUCUAGAACCAGACCAAUACUUCCCAAUGUUCUGUAUCUUGGGAGGCAGGUGACAGCAUGACAACCAGGUCACUCAUGAUUUUGUUCACAUCAGGGUUUAAUACUUCCUAAUCUCUCUAUAAGCACCAAUGAAUGGGUACUAUCUCUCAUAUCAAGGCACCACAUAAACAUGCCGUUUUGUCUUCAAGCUCGCUCCAUCAAAAAGGGAAUUCAUGUUUGUGCCGUUCUUUGUGUUGUAUCAAUUUACAGUACUACAUUUAAUAAUGCAUAUUUGCCCCCAACAUGGCAACAAUCACCUGUGUGUAAAGUACCUCAGGGAGGAGAGGUGUUUUUAAAGCUGUACUGUGGAUCUGAAACACUUGCAUCACAUGACCUAUGACUCAGGAAAAAACAAAGCUACCAGCAUUCAUUGGUCCUGGAUUAUUGUUGCGACUUUGCGUAUUCAAAUCGCUUAUGACAUUUCAGCUACUGUUUUGCUCUCCAUUGAGUGAAAACAUUUUAUAAAACUUUCAGUCUUUUUGUGGCAAAACGUGUAUUCGUGUGAUAUCUUUAUUUCCCCUGAAGUCUCCAUCCAUUAAAAGAACUUGGAGUUA